UCAUGUCUUUAGCACUCGUAGUGUCGGCCAUCUGGCCCCGGCAAACUCGAUGGCAUGGAGGACUCGCUCUGUUCGUCGACACUUCUACGCCAAGUCUGAUCAUCGUCCGUCGAUCUUCCACGGCUCAUAACGGAAACGACCGUCUCGUCCGCACGACGGUGGUGGCCGUCCCCAGCUCAACUCAAAGGCCUUUGAUAUCGAAACCUCAUGCUGCAGUCGUUCUUCGGUGACAAGUUGAGUCUCCUCAAUCCGGUGGUGCCCGGACUUAUCGCUGCGGCGGUGGUCGUCGCCGUCUAUUACACCACCGAGACCACCGAACUGCCUAUAGUCGAAGAUGCUGAGGAACAGGACGGCAAAGCCGUACCCAAGCGCGUCCGCUAUCUGCCGUCCAAGAUUCCGGUGCUGGGCAAUGCCAUGGAGCUGCUAAGCAACUCGGAGCGUAUGCACGACUGGAUCGCCGACCAAAUCGUGCCGCGCAACGGUGAACCAUUCACCCUCAGUCUUCCAGGCAAGGACGACAUGAUGUUCAUCGCCAAACCAGAGCACAUCGAGCAAGUGCUUAAGACGCAGUUCGACAACUUCCCCAAGAGCCAGCACAUUCACGACGUCUUCUUCGAUUUGCUAGGCGACGGCAUCGUCAUCACCAAUGGCGAGACGUGGAAGCGUCAGCGCCGCGUGCUCGUGAACCUCUUCAGUGCUCGCACGUUGCGGGAGCACAUGACGCCGAUCUCGCAGAAAUAUGUAGUGAAAUUGCGCAGCAUCUUCGAGGAGGCCGCGGCGUCUAACAAGCCCAUGGACGCCUUCGGACUCAUGCACCGCUACACGCUCGACGUGUUCGCUGAGAUCGGCUUUGGCACGGAGAUGAACCUCCUUGAAGGCCGCUACCAACCGUUCGCUGAAGCCAUCGAGGAGUCGCAGUACAUUGUGUCGGCGCGGUUCAAGCAACCGGAUGCGCUCUGGAAGAUCAAGCGCUGGCUGAACGUCGGCAGCGAGAAGAAGCUGCGUCACGCGAUUGACGUCAUUGACGAGCACAUUAUGCGCAUCGUAUCUGAGGCGAUUCAGCGCCGUCAAGAACGCAAAGAAGCCAUUAAGGCAGGCAAAGACGUCAAGCCUGCAGACAAGGACAUCGUGUCGAUCAUUCUGGACUCCAUGGAGACGAACAACCAGGUCGUGGACCCCGUUGAGGUGCGUAACAUUGCAGCCGCAGCACUGAUCGCCGGGCGUGACACUACGGCUGAUGCUUUGGGCUGGUUGCUCCACGUACUGAGUGAGAACCCGAACGUGGAGGCCAAACUACGCUCGGAGCUGCUGAAGCACAUGCCUAAGCUUGCCACGGACUCAAAGUACGUUCCUACAGUGGAGGAGCUGAGCGAGGUGCCGUACCUCGAGGCGACAAUCCGUGAACUGCUCCGCGUCAUGCCUGCCGGUCCGUUGAUCGCUACACAUUGCGUCCGCGACACGGUGUUCCCGGACGGCACGUUUGUGCCCAAGAACACGGAUAUCGGCAUCGCGUUCUACACGACCGGCCGCCUCACGAGCGUCUGGGGUGAAGACGCGUUGGAGUUCAAGCCUGAGCGCUUCCUCGACGCUGAGACUGGAGAGAUCAUCAAGGUGUCAUCGUCUAAAUUCUGCGCGUUCAGCGCCGGCCCGCGCAUCUGCGUGGGGCGCAACCUGGCGUACCUCGAGAUGAAGAUCGUUAUUGCCAACAUUGUGAGCCGCUUCCAUCUCGUACCGGAGCCCAACCAGCCGACGCCCGCGUACACGCAGGGCAUCACUCUGGGCAUGCAGACUCCGCUCAUGAUGCGCGUCGAGACCGUUGCAUCACAAGACAGUGGUGUUGCAGCGUAGUGUAAAGCAGGCACUGCGAUCUAUGCGUAACUAUAGAUAUGUAGCUGGUCGAUCUUCACGACCACGAACUACCAAGUUGAAGUGAUCAAUGCAAACCAUAAAAUAUCCGUAAGGUAGUCCGGUUCUACGACCUCAAUCAAGUCUACCAGUAGCACCACUGCCAGGAACACACUCUACCGGCAUGGACGCCAUGGUGGAGGUCGGGUUCUUCGACCAGGUACGGUCCGUGGCAGAUUCCGUUGGUGACGCCAUCGCGUGCCUGAAGAUUGCAAAACGCAAAUCUCAUGGCGUACGUGGCAUACCCUUACAACCCGACGAGGAAGGUUCCCUCU